AGUAGCAAUCUGCUCGAUAUUUAAUGGUAUUUGUACCACUAGGUAAAUUUCAAUUAUUAAAUACUCGCACCCAAAGGGGCUCUAGAAUGACGUUUUAAAUCAACACAUCGCAAAAUGGCGUUCGGUAAACUGAAACCUCCUUAUUACGAGGUUGGUGCCAAUAUAAAAUAUGAAAAACUCAUCUCAAACAACAUCAAACAUAUCAAAGCCGACAUUCUGUACAUAGAACACAACGUUGGUGACCUUUCCAACAAAUUUGCAUCCAGAAAGUUGCUGGAAACCAUAAACGGGAAACUUGAAAAUGUUCAUGCCCUAGUCAGCGUUACCGAUGGAUAUUUGUCUGAAUGGGAGCUUCAAAUACAACAAUCACCCACAUUGCAAUACAAUGACAACAGUUUUGAUCGGCUAUCUGCUCAAUUUAAACGUGAAACUUCGAAAAUCCAAAAUCUGUCCGAACUUGUGAAGCAAAAAUCCGUCUCACUUCAAACGGAGUCAUUUUAUAUUGAUGAUGCAUCAACAGUUGACACAAACCCUGGCCAAUUUGUGGACACAAAUUUCAUAAAUGACGCAAAAUUGGAUUUGGAGUUUGAAGAAGAACUAGUACCCUUGUUUACCAUUGGAGACAAAAAGAAAACAUUGCCAGAGUCAUUGGUGGCUGUUAGAAGCGAAGGAAUUCGCAACAUCAAGGAACAAAUUGAGCAGGCCAAGGAUAUAUUUAAGGACCUUGCCACCAUUGUUACAAUUCAGGAUGAGGGCUUCCAACUCUUGGAAAAAAACUCAAAUGAAGCCCAAAUUAAUAGUCUAGAAGCGAAAAAAGAGGUUGAGAUUUUGGCGAACAGCAGGCUAAAGGGUUCAAAGAGGAGAACCCUAUGGUUAUGUGGACUGACGUCAUGUGCACUUUAUACAGUAUUUUAUUGUUGUAGGUAUCUUGGUUUUUUCUACUAGUAUUCAUCUUCAACUUCCCAUGUGCGUUGCCAUGGUUGAUUUGCGAUUGCUUGCGCAAGGUUCUUUUUAAAACGUUCCCUUGAACUGUCAUUGAUAAACUCUAGCACACACACUGUAGAGUCUU